UAUUUUAAAGCUAGGUAUACGCCGUUUCGUGUGAACAUAGAUCUGAGGCAGCGCUAUCUACUAGUAGUAACAACUCAAAACUGCCAAAAUCUGGAAUACGCCCUUUCGUGUGACAGGCGACGAAUUAUUGUACUACUAAACAUAAAAGUACUGUACUAAGAAUAAAACUUUCUCUGAUGACGUCAUCCGCCCACUCCAUCGGACGGUCCCCAUCUUGUCUCCCUCCCCUCCUCUGCCUUUACUACGUUCGUCUGAGUCUGAGCUCCAGGAUACAAAAUUACAACGGGUCCCGACAGGCCGCCGAGCGAGGGGAAACUACUCAUAUCCUCGAGAGACCUACGGUUUGCAGCUCGAGAGAGACCCAAGCCCCUUGCGGGCAGGACAGGAUGACAACAGUUCCGGUUCCUGCAACUUGGGUUUUCACAGAAAGCGGUGAAGUCAACAGCUCACGUCGUCGUUUAUUUUUAACGUCAGCCGCACAGAGGUCCUGGACGAAAUGGUAUAAAACAAAGCCCUGAUGUUGGUUGAGGGUAUACCAACCCAGCAGACUCAAGCCUUUCUGACAAGACUUGGAGAAGACAGCAGCAAAUAGAACCAUUAGCCAACUUACGAAAAACAUCUUCUAAUAUUUUUUCUGUUGACUGAAACUCGAAGAAAUCAUCAAUCAUGUCCUGUAGUCUCAGCGCCGCCCGACUCCGCCGUGUUGGAGUGUCCUGCCUCCAAGACACCAUCAAGAACCUCUACAACAUCCAGACAAAAAUCUUGUGUCGGGAUCUGGCCUUCAAGUCGGAAUCCGAGCUCCCUUCGUACCAGAUCACUAACCUAAGCGAGGUCUCAGAGAAACUGGCGAAACAGCUUGCCUUCAUCUUCCCCAAUACAGAUGGAGAAGAGUACAAAGCUUUCCUCAACCUGGGUAAUAAGGUGGUGCACAGUGCCAGCGGGAAAACCAUACUGGACAGCUUGAAGAAAAUCUACACCAAGGCUUGGGAGAUUGUAAAGGGAUGGGAUGCAAGCGAUGAGCUCUUUGUGGGAGUCAUCCCAAAGCCGAGAGAGGAGAGUUACUGCACCACGGAGUUUGACGAGGUAUCCCAUAAGACGUACCUACACUGGGAGACAGACGGGUUGGGAGACGACUUUUUGGGCGCUGUCAGCCGCAUGCUGAGGAAGGUGAGAGACGAGAAAAGACAGCCCACUCCCGAAGAGUAUCUGGCGCAGCAUUUGGCUUACAUAGAGAUCCAGAAGGGGAAAUGGGGACGUCACGAACAGAUCCGUGGUCUGGGCACACCUGGCUUCCGGCCUCACACGCAGACCUACAUGUCGCUGACCGACCCCGGAGAAGGUCACGUGAUGGGAACCACCAGAUUCAACGAAUGGAUGGAAGGCGCUAUUGUCCACGUGGAACAUCUUGAGCGACCCCGCCACUUGCCAAGAGAGAACAUCGAGUCAUACCGUGUUCCGUCCGUGCUGGACUUUUCCCAUGUGCGACUUCACGUCGGCUCCACCGCACCUACCACUUACUUCUUGGGGAGAGCCGUCAAGGAUUCUGGGAACUUUGACGAAGAUUUCCUGAAGAUUGUCCACAUUACUGCUGCUGCUGCUUCUGCUGCAUUCUUCAUGGGUGCAGCUGAGUGCAAGAUUGCCAUGGAGCGACUUACAACCUCCCAGGCCAUUCGCUACAUGCACGCACUCAGAGCUCAAGUCCAGCACUCAAGAAAGCAAAUCUUGUCUGCGGCCUGGAAUCUGAACCAAACCCUGACAGACGACUUUGAGCAAGAAGAUGCACAGAAACUCACGGAACGUAUGGACAUCGCCCUCACAGCUGUCAAAAUCACAUCUCUCGGUGGUUUCGACAAGGUCACAUGGGAUGGGGCUAGUGACUCCUACCCGUCCAAAUGUAUCAUGUACCAGCUGACCUUCCAGGAGGCGUUGACCAUCGUCCAUGAAGCUCACAUCAAGGGGCUGGUCACAUAUUUCUCCGCUGGCUUCAAGUUCAACGAAAUCCAGCACGCCGUCUAUGCUGGUGUGGAUGGUAUUGGCAUUGGCGGUGCCCAAGUUCUGCGCUUCAUGGACAGCGAGACAGGCAUGCACGGGCCUUACACAGAGGAGAACAUCCCCAUCAUCUUACAGAAACGCGACGAAGCUGCCCAGUCUGUGAGAGGACGUGGCGUGGACCUCCUCGUCAAGUUGGACACUAUGUUCUUCGAGGGCUCCAUCUCUCGUCCCGUCGAGUAUCUGAGACAGAAGCUGUUCAAAGCCCUUCUCGAUAUCAACGAAGAAGCCAUCUCUGAAAUCCUUGAGCAGCUGAAGCACGUAUCCACCGCAUGCCGUGAGGCCAACAUGCCCUUCCUGCACCGCGCCAAGCGCAUUGUGGAAGCGGAGCAGCCGAGGCUGAAAGAGUUCUGCUCUGAGGAAGAGUGGGAAAACCUGGUGCGAGUCCUCAAGUGCCAGAUCGUGGCGCGAGACGAGCGCUCCCUGGUGGAAGAGUACGAAAGCGACCCCUGGCUGUCCAUCCGACACCGUUACCGCCAGAACCAGUGCCCGAGAGACGCCAGGAUCUGCUACGUUCGGCAAUCUUCCUUCAACAUCCCUUUCAAGUGCUAGAGACUUUGAACAAACCAGUUUCCAGAACAAACAACGAUAACAAGCGAAAGUAAAGGACAGCAGGGGAAAAAACGAACCACAAGACAUUUUUAACAAGUGGGUAUAAGUUCGAAAAUGCAAUAUUUCUUACUUGUAUCAUUACGCAGGUUUUUUUUUUCUUUUAAGCUACCUUUAUCCUUUUCGUUGAGCCGAUAAGAAGAAUAUAAAAGUAUUUCAUUUUAUGAAACAGGGUUUAAGAGGCCAGGUCUCCUUUUCAUGUCACAGAAAAUCCUCCAUCUUUAAAAUUCUCACCACUAUCACCAGAACCCAUCGCUCCACCCUUAAUUCAUGCCGUUUUACUCUAGUAAAAUGUAUGAAUUAGAAGCUCAUUGAAGUAACAGUGCUUACAUGUUCAUAAAAUAUUUUGUUGAAAGAUUGUUUUUUUUUUGACAUUGUAUAUUCUGAUGUUGGAGAACGCCCGAGAUUCUCUUUUUGUUUACAAAUGAUUAAAGGAUGGCUGAAUGAAUGCAUGAAUGAAUGAACGAAUGAAUGAAUGAAUGAAUGAAUGAAUGAAUGAAUGAAUGAAUGAAUGAAUGAAUGAUCAGCAUACCCAGAAUUCUCAUUCCUUGUCAAUAUGGUAUGCCGGUACCAAUGCAAUCUUGACAUCAAAGAGUGAAUGCGUUUUAAUUGCUUUUAUCGAGAUAGUGAUUUCUUCUUUUUAUUUGUUCGUCAUAUUACGUAACGUUUGUUGCUGAAAACUACCUUUGGUGAUAAUGCACCAAAAUAUCUGAUUUAGCCGCUGUGUUAUUGCAUUUCUGUGAGUUGACUCGUUAUCCCCCCCCCCCUCCAAAAACACC